AUGGCAUCAGUUUCAGCCACCAAGGAUUAUAACGCAUCAGAUACAACUGCCAAGGAUUCAACAUCAUCAGCUACCCCUGCCAAAGAUUCUGCCGCAUCAGUUUCAGCUACCAAGGAUUAUAACGCAUCAGAUACAACUGCCAAGGAUUCAACAUCAUCAGCUACCUCUGCCAAAGAAUCUAACGCAUCAGUUUCAGCUACCAAGGAUUCUAACGCAUCAGAUACAACUGCCAGGGAUUCAACUGCAUCAGCUACCUCUGCCAAAGAUUCUGCCGCAUCAGUUUCAGCUACCAAGGAUUCUAACGCAUCAGAUACAACUGCCAAGGAUUCAACAUCACCAGCUACCUCUGCCAAAGAUUCUGCCGAAACAGUUUCAGCUACCAAGGAUUCUAACGCAUCAGAUACAACUGCCAAGGAUUCAACAUCAUCAGCUACCCCUGCCAAAGAAUCUAACGCAUCAGUUUCAGCUACCAAGGAUUCUAAUGCAUCAGCUACCUCUGCCAAGGGUUCUAACGCAUCAGAUACAACUGCCAGGGAUUCAACAGCAUCAGCUACCUCUGCCAAAGAUUCUGCCGCAUCAGUUUCACCUACCAAGGAUUCUAACGCAUCAGAUACAACUGCCAAGGAUUCAACGUCACCAGCUACCUCUGCCAAAGAUUCUGCCGAAACAGUUUCAGCUACCAAGGAUUCUAACGCAUCAGAUACAACUGCCAAGGAUUCAACAUCAUCAGCUACCCCUGCCAAAGAUUCUGCCGCAUCAGUUUCAGCUACCAAGGAUUCUAACGCAUCAGAUACAACUGCCAAGGAUUCAACAUCACCAGCUACAUCUGCCAAAGAUUCUGCCGCAUCAGUUUCAGCUACCAAGGAUUCUAACGCAUCAGCUAACUCUGCCAAAGAAUCUAACGAAUCAGUUUCUGCUACCGAAGAUUCUAUCGCAUCAGUUUCAGCUACCAAGGAUUCUACUGCAUCAGCUACCUUUGCCAAGGAUUCUACUGCAUCAGCUAACCCUGCCAAAGAUUCUACAGUAUCAGUUUCAGCUGCCAAGUAUUCUACCGCAUCAGUUUCAGCUGCCAAGGAUUCUACUGCAUCAGUUUCAGCUGCCAGGGAUUCAACAUCACCAGCUACCUCUGCCAAAGAUUCUACCGCAUCAGUUACAACUGCAAAAGAUUCUAUCCCAUCAGUUUCAGCUACCAAGGAUUCAACAUCACCAGCUACCUCUGCCAAAGAUUCUACCGCAACAGUUACAACUGCAAAAGAUUCUAUCCCAUCAGCUACCCCUGCCAAAGAUUCUACAGUAUCAGUUUCAGCUGCCAAGUAUUCUACCGCAUCAAUUUCAGCUGCCAGGGAUUCAACAUCACCAGCUACCUCUGCCAAAUAUUCUACCGCAUCAGUUACAAAUGCAAAAGAUUCUAUCCCAUCAGUUUCAGCUACCAAGGAUUCAACAUCAUCUGCUACCUCUGCCAAAAAUUCUACAGCAUCAGUUUCAGCUGCCAAGUAUUCAACAUCAUCAGCUACCUCUGCCAAAGAGUCUAACGCAUCAGUUUCAGCUACCAAAUAUUUUAACGCAUCAUUAACGCAUUCAACUGCCAAGGAUUCAAUAGCAUCAGCUACUGCCAAUGAUUCUACCGCAUCAGUUACAACCACAACACCAGCAACAGAGACAGCAGCAGCUCUACCACUACCCCACACCACAACACCAUCAACAGAGACAGCAACUGUGUCAUUUCACCACACCACAACACCAUCAACACCGACAGCAGCAGCUCUACCACUUCGCAAAACCACAACACCAGCAACACCGACAGCAGCAGCUCUGCCACUUCACCACACCACAACACCAGCAACAAAGACAUCGAUUCAACCACGUCGCCACACCACAACACUAUCAUCAGGGACAGCAACUGUGCCACUUCGCCACACCACAACACCAGCAACACCGACAGCAGCAGCUCUACCACUUCGCAAAACCACAACACCAGCAACAGAGACAGCAGCAGCUCUACCACGUCGCCAAAUCACAACACCAUCAACACCGACAGCAGCAGCUCUACCACUUCGCCACACCACAACACCAGCAAAACCGACGACACGACCAACUACCAAUAUGAGCACUGAGACGUUUGUGGUUGACUCAGGUGAGUACUGA